UAGAGCUAGCUGCAUCUGCAUUAGCAUAAUCAUCAAACAAAACAACCUGCGUCGCUUAGACGCACCGUUUUGAACCCUAACACUCACUUUUUUAUUAUUUUUAUUUCCUCAACACAAACUUAGAGAGAUUGAUGGCGGAGAAGCCCCAACCGGUUCGUGUUCUGUACUGCGGGGUUUGCAGUAUGCCAGCGGAGUACUGUGAAUUCGGACCCGAUUUCGAGAAAUGCAAGCCCUGGUUGAUCCAUAACGCCCCGAACCUUUACCCGGAUCUCAUCAAACUGUCGAAUGCGAAGGAAGCUGAUAAAGUUACCGAGCAGUUACAGUCCACUGGUAUUUCUUCAGAUGGAGCUACUCCUUCAGCACCAAAGCAAGAAGAAGUAAAACGUCUUCCUGGUGGAAAGAUAAAGAAAAAAGAGAAGCAAGAAGUCGUUAUUGAAAAGGUUAUACGUAACAAGCGAAAAUGCAUCACCACUGUAAAAGGCCUGGAGCUUUUUGGUGUUAAACUUAGUGAUGCUUCAAAGAAACUAGGGAAAAAGUUUGCUACUGGAGCCUCUGUUGUUAAGGGCCCAACUGAGAAAGAGCAGAUAGAUGUUCAAGGGGACAUAUCCUAUGACAUUGUCGAGUUCAUUACAGACACCUGGCCUGAUGUCCCAGAUACUGCAAUUUUCUUUAUUGAAGAUGGAAGAAAGGUUCCAGCUGCUUAACUUUGAAUCGUGGCAUAUAAAUAAAAUGUCGUGUGGUACCUUCCGUCCUGCCUGUGUGACUCCUAACCAGACUUGCUGUAUCUCAGAGAGUAUAGGGGCGCUGGACUAUACUAGUUAAUGUUUUAAGGACCUAUGGCCAGUGAAAGUUUUUGCCUCUCUCUACAAUCUCUUGUUACCUUUGUUGCCUAGAAUAGUAAAUGUCUUUGCAGUUUGAACUGCGUAAUAUAUUAAUGGAUAUCGGAUUUGCUUUGCAUAGAGGCAAAUCUGAGUGCCAUUUGCUUUUGUUGUGUAUUCGUGUUGAUAUCUUAUGGACAAGUAUUAGAGUAGCUGCAAAAGCUGCCUAGUUAAAUAUUGAAAAAAGUUUACCUCUAAACCAGCCUAGAGGAAUUUUCCUUCAA